AUGGCCAAACUCAUUGCCCUCGUUUUGACUUUCCUCGCCACUCUCGCCUAUUCUACACCCAUCGAUGCUCGGCAUGGCGGCGGCCACGGCGGGAGUGGCUGUGGACCAAAACUGCCUCGCGACGGCAAGUGCUGGAAGGAAGCCCUCGGCCUGCGCUGGACAGUUCACGGUUUUGAUUACCAUGCCUCAUACACCUUUACCAACCCAGCGCACCAAAACUCGUGGGGAUAUGUCAACUUCAACCUGACCAGCAAUGUUGUCCCAUACACUGCCGUUUGUUCUGCCUCCAGCAGCCAGCUCUCCAACUUUUUCUACGGAACCGUCGACUAUUCCUGUAGUCUGCCCGCCGAUGCGCCCGCUGGCGCCUCGGUUACGUUCCGUUAUAGUAGCCCAUCCGGUAAACUCGAGAUCAAGGAGUCCUUCCUUUGCAACGAGGGAAAGGCGACAGGAACGUUUGUGGUGACGGGCUCGAGUGAUCUCACUCUGACAUGCACGGAUACGACCACGGUGACCCCAGAUUGGAAACCCGGGCAGAUAUAUAGCCAGCGUGUCAUUGCAUGCGAACCAGUUGAUGUGACCUUCCAGCCUGCUCAGGUUGUUGGGUAA